GCGUCCGGCGGCCACGAGCGAUAGACGGGACCGACAGUCGACGAGCGCAGGACGCGACACGAGACUCGAUCGACCAGCGCGCGCGAGACGAAACCCUGUACGACUCUGGACGCGAUCGGCAACACCUAGCACACGACGCCAUCCAUCCACUGCCCAACCCGCGAUAGGACAAGGACAGGGACGAGCGCGGUGCCCUCUUCAUCGACGCACUCGACUGGCGUACGCUUCUGAAUUCACGCCCUGCCGCGUCUUCACCCAUCCUCACCACACCCCACCACCCACACACCCCAUGUCCGACCUCUACCGCAGCGCCAUGAGCGCACGCAUCGCCAAGCUCCCGCCCGAUCUCCCGCCCGGAGACGACUUUGUGACGCGCGCGCCUGGCUUUGGCGACGGUGUCAACCGCGCCCCGGCCUUUGACGACGACGACGACGAAGAAUUCGAAACCGACGGCCUCGGCGACCUGCCCAACAGCGGUCUGGGACCGCCUGCGGUCCCCCCAAACCCCCACCUCCAACGCCUCGACCCGCGCGCUCGCAACCAGAACCCCACUUACAAUAAAAGAAAUACAAGGGAGCACAAACCCAACCCCGCCUUCGCCCCGCUCUCCGCCGCAGGGCUCUUCGCCGAGUCCGCGCAGAUACCCUUGCCGGACCGGGGGCUGGAUAUGAGGGUGUAUUAUACGGCGGCGGGGUCCCCCACCGGCCCGCUCCUCGUCGCGCACCACGGCGCGGGCUACUCAGGGCUCAGCUUCGCGUGCUUCGCGGGGGAGAUCACCUCCACCACGCGCGGCGAGCUGGGCGUGCUCGCGCUGGAUGCGCGGCGGCAUGGAAAAACGACCUCCCUCGUGGACCCCGAGCCCGAGGACCUCUCCAUCACCACCCUCGUCGACGACCUCGUCGCCCUUCUCACGACGAUGUUCCCGGACCCGGCGCGCGCGCCGGGGUUUUUGCUCACCGGCCACUCGAUGGGCGGGAGCGUCGUGACGCGGGCGUGCGCGGUGUUGGUGGGGAGGAAAUACCGCCUGAUCGGCGUGAGCGUGCUCGAUGCGGUCGAGGGCCACGCCCUCCCCGCGCUCCCCGCCAUGCACGGCCUGCUCGCGGGCCGGCCGGAGGGGUUUCGGUGUCUGGAGGACGCGGUGGGGUGGCACAUCCAGACGAAGACGAUCCGCAACGUGCACUCGGCGCGGAUCAGCAUUCCGCCGAUUUUCGUGGAGGCUAAACCGGCCCCCGACGGCAGACCGCCGCCCUACAAGUACGUGUGGCGGACGCCGCUGCGGACGACGGCGGCGUAUUGGCGGGGCUGGUUCGAGGGCCUUUCGCAGGCGUUCCUCGACGCGCGCACGGCGCGGUUGUUGGUUUUGGCGGGCACCGACCGCCUCGACAAGCCGCUCAUGAUCGGGCAGAUGCAGGGCCGCUUCCAGCUGGAGGUGGUCCCGGACGUGGGCCAUCUGUUGCAUGAGGACAACCCGACGAAGCUGGCGGAGAUCCACGUGAACUUCUGGCGGCGGAACGAGCGCGUGCUCGUCGGUGUGAAGAAGGUGGGGGAGGAGUAGGGUGUGUGGAGGGGGAGGGGGAGUGAGGGGAAGAAGGGAGAGAAAAGGAAGGAGGGAGGGGGAGAGAAAAGGGUGGAUGGGGUGGCGAAGGGAAGGGUGGAUGGAGUAUAGGUGAGGGACGUGAGAAAAGAAAUAUGCAAUGUAUACUAGUCUGCGAAUCCAACGCGCUCGUCGAGCGGGCUCAUGCUCAAGUACUACCGUCUUGGAGUGCGACGCGGGCCUCUCGAUUGGGAUGCGACGCGCAAUCCUCGAUUCGGAUGCGGCA